UCAUGAUAACAUUUUUUAUGAAGGUUGCUUUGAGGACAGUUUGAAUCUUGGCACCUCAGUCCCCACAUUAGAGGGAGGCUAAUAGGGGUUUUUGGGACAGAUCUUUUAAAACCUUCCUUCAUUCAUCAACCUGUAAUGACACUGGUGAAAUUACUCACCACUGGUAGGCCCAGGUUCCUCUUUCCUGUAACUGGGAUAAUAACAUCCCCCUUAUGGAGUCUGCUGAAGGGUUUAAAAGAUAAUGUAGGAGAUGCUUGGAGUACAGAUCCUGAAACAGAGUUGUUGCUUAGGUUAUGUUGGUGGAAUAUCUCCCCUAAUGCUGGUUUUAAAUAGUAUAAACUGGCUGGGUAUGGUAGUUCACACGUGUAGUCCCAACACUUUGGGAGGCCGAGGUGGGAGGAUCGCUUGAGCUCAGAAGUUUGAGGCCAGUCUGGGCAACACGGGUUGAUAAUAAAGAAGAGCCAGAAAAGCAAAGUAAAUUAGCCAGCCAGUGAAAGUGUAAUGCAUGAAGACAGCGUGUACGAUCCCUGAAUGGGCUUGUGGGCAUAUUUAGUCAUUCAUUUUUGAUCAGGAGAAAGAAGACAGCCAUCACUUGAAAGGUAAAGCUUCAGUGACUGAAGGAGUGUGGACUUUUUGAAUUUCAAGAACAAUAAAGUUGGAACACAGCAGAGGGUGUGUAAUAAAAGACAAUAUAGAUUGGAAGGAAGACUGAUGAAGAAAAAUAACAGCAUGAUUCAGGCACACCACUGAGUUCUUUGGGAUGCCCAAAAGUGUAUGGUUUGGAAACAUGAAAUAGAAGACAAGACCCUGACUCAGCAAGUAUACCUGAGAAUACUUUUAGAGGAACCUGUCGAUAAAUGCAAAACAGCAGCUGUUGGAGGUGAUGGAACUGUACUGGAACAAUGGGAGAAGCUGGUAGCUUAUAGGAAGCCAAGAUGACAAGAAUGUUUUUAAAUAAUCCAAGGAAGAAUCCUGCUCAGAAAUGAGGUGAAUUAAUGCUUGGGCACUCAAGAACCCUGGACGGCUACAUGAGGUGUUUAAAAACUGCCCUGACCAUCUUGCCAAACAAGUCUCUGCUCAUGAGGCCCCACAGGAUGAACGAGCCAAGGCAGGACAGUGUCCUGCCCUGUCGGAACAGUGACUGCUGACCUGCCAAGAGUGAGCUGGGGACUGCCUGCUGUCUGCCAGUACAAUGAAGGAAGUGGUUUAUUGGUCACCCAAGAAGGUGGCAGACUGGCUGCUGGAGAAUGCUAUGCCAGAAUACUGUGAGCCUCUGGAGCAUUUCACAGGCCAGGACUUGAUCAACCUAACCCAAGAGGAUUUCAAAAAACCCCCCUUGUGCCGAGUCUCCUCUGACAACGGGCAGCGGCUCCUGGACAUGAUAGAAACCCUGAAAAUGGAGCACCAUUUAGAAGCACACAAGAACGGUCAUGCCAACGGGCACCUCAACAUUGGCAUAGACAUCCCCACCCCCGAUGGCAGCUUCAGCAUCAAGAUUAAACCCAACGGGAUGCCAAAUGGGUAUAGGAAAGAGAUGAUAAAGAUCCCCAUGCCAGAACUGGAGCGCUCUCAGUACCCCAUGGAGUGGGGCAAGACUUUUCUGGCCUUUCUUUACGCACUUUCCUGUUUUGUUCUCACCACAGUGAUGAUCUCGGUCGUCCAUGAACGAGUACCUCCUAAGGAGGUGCAGCCUCCACUACCGGACACAUUUUUUGACCAUUUUAACCGGGUGCAGUGGGCCUUUUCUAUUUGUGAAAUUAAUGGCAUGAUCCUUGUAGGACUCUGGUUAAUUCAGUGGCUGCUCUUAAAAUACAAGUCUAUUAUUAGCAGAAGAUUUUUCUGCAUAGUUGGCACGCUGUACCUGUAUCGGUGUAUUACAAUGUAUGUAACUACACUCCCAGUACCUGGUAUGCAUUUCAACUGUUCUCCGAAGCAGAGCCAGGAAGAGAAAGUAUUCCUAUCUCCUUGCAGUCCUCAACCAAGCCAAAUAAGAUCACUUUUCUCUGGGCUUUUUGGAGACUGGGAAGCCCAACUGCGGAGAAUAAUGAAGCUCAUUGCUGGAGGUGGCUUGUCUAUCACUGGCUCUCACAACAUGUGUGGGGACUAUCUGUACAGUGGCCACACGGUCAUGCUAACACUCACCUACUUAUUUAUCAAAGAGUAUUCCCCUCGACGACUCUGGUGGUAUCACUGGAUUUGCUGGCUUCUCAGCGUAGUUGGAAUCUUCUGUAUUCUCUUAGCGCAUGACCACUACACUGUGGACGUGGUGGUGGCAUAUUACAUCACCACGAGACUCUUCUGGUGGUAUCACACUAUGGCCAAUCAGCAAGUGCUAAAGGAAGCUUCCCAGAUGAACCUCCUGGCCAGGGUGUGGUGGUACAGGCCAUUUCAGUACUUUGAAAAGAAUGUCCAAGGAAUUGUACCUCGAUCUUACCAUUGGCCUUUCCCCUGGCCAGUAGUCCACCUCAGUAGGCAAGUUAAAUACAGCCGGCUGGUGAAUGACACAUAACAGCUGUACAAAGUUGGGAAAAGACAAAUUGUCCGAAGUGCUAAGAACUCCAUGAGAGAAGAUGCCAUAAAAUAAACACCUCCCUAUUCCUAUUAUCCUUCAAUGGUUACCUUGACUUAACCUAUUGAGUUACCUGGUCAGCACUGUGAUCUUUUUUUCUCUCCAAAGGACCUGCGUUGGACAACAAUAAAGAAAAAUUUAACCUAUCAUGCACUGUACACAUUUCCUGUUCAUAAGUUUGGGAUUUACAUAACCCGCAACCACCAUGUUCCUUUGUAUAUGAUGCAACAGCAUAAAUGUAAGCUUUUAUAUCAUAAGUUCUGGUCUUUCCAGUCACAUCUGGAAAUAAAGCGUAUUAUUUUCUUGGGAAAACAUACUUUUCAUAUCUCUUGCCCCAAAGAUUGGGCUGUAAGCCAUUUUCUAGCAUAUGUCUCUAUGAAGGUUUCUAAGUACCUGAAUGGGGUUUGAUUCUGAAAUCUUUCUACCUGUUGCACCGAUAUUCAAAUAAAAAUGAUAGACACAGAAAGGUUUGGUAACUUUGGGUUUUGUAAAAUCAGCAAAGACAGUGUUUCAAAAAGUGCAAAAAAAAAAAAAAAAAAAAGAUUCUGUUAUAAAGUGAUUUUCUAAGUAUUUCCUAACUUUAUUUUUCAAAAUGAUGUUAUGAAAACCAAAUUUAAAGAUUUUUAACAUGUCAGAGAGAAGAGAGUUAAAAUUUAAAAAUGCAACUUGGGAGAGAAAUUUGUCUAUGUUUCUAGUGCCUUUCUUGUCUUGAUUGUAUGGUCAGUAGGCAAUCUUAAAUGUUUUUAUUUAAAAUAAAGUAUUCCAUGAAAAUAUAAAUAUAUGUAUACACUACUAAAUUUUGCAUUUAUAGCUAAAUUGAAUCAGAAGACUGCUUAUGGUUUUAAAAUUGCAAUGACUUAAAUAAUGAGGUUGUUAAUUAGAGUCAGAGCCUGUUCACAUAUUGUGAUCAGGUAGCAAUGACAUGUACCACUUAAAUUAUUUUAUCGUCUAUUUGGUAGUUCGAUUUUAACUACUCAAUGAAAACAGCCAUGAAUAUCUUUUCUUAAAGAGAGUUUUGAAAAUGAUCACUUACCUAAAACUUGAAAGCUAUGAAAUAGUUAUCCAUACUCUCAUGACAAUUUUGUUGGUGAACAACAAAAAAGAGAUCUAUUUCUUUAAAAGAUAUUUGUGCAGAAACUGCAUGUAACUCUUAAGUUUUACUCCUAACAUACGUAUGUUUGGGGAAGUAUUCUAUUCUAUACUUGCCAAUGUGGAGAACAAAAUAGUUUUUUAAGAAUGAAGAAGUAUAUAUAUCCAUUCUGUAUUUUACGUGCAGCAGAAUUAUCUUCCGUAGGAUUUUUUUGUGUAUUCACAAGGUGAUAUUUGUAUUGUAAAACAAUAAUGGUGAAGGAAAUAAAAAGGCUUUUAAAAUUUUGUUUGUUUUAAAUCUUUGUAAAGUUAUUAUUCCAGAGAGUAUACUGGUAUCUUACAGCUUACCUAGAUCAUAAAUUAAUCAAAAUGCACUUUUUAAUAAAAACUGAUACUUAAA